GUCGUGGACCAUUCAAUAUGCUAAUGUUGAAUAGUGGUGUGCGGAGUAUCCAAUGAUAUAUAUAUUAGCCUUGGUUAACAAAGUUGAACAAUCCUAUUUUGUAUAAGAGCUAGAGUUAACUUAACUAGCUAGUGAGAGCACAAGAAUAUUUAUUCUACAAAGUAUAUUCUUAUAGCUUCUUGUUACUAAUUUGAAAAUGGUUAGAGCUCCUUGUUGUGAAAAAAAGGGAUUGAAGAAGGGUCCUUGGACCCAAGAAGAAGAUGAAAUUCUCAUUUCCUACAUACAAAAACAUGGACAUAGCAAUUGGCGUGCCCUCCCCAAACAUGCCGGUUUAUUAAGAUGUGGAAAGAGUUGCAGACUUAGAUGGAUUAAUUAUUUAAGACCAGAUAUUAAGAGAGGAAAUUUUACAAAUGAAGAAGAGGAAAUUAUCAUUAAGAUGCAUGAGUUGCUAGGGAACAGGUGGUCAGUAAUAGCUGCAAAGUUACCUGGAAGAACAGAUAAUGAAAUAAAAAAUGUGUGGCACACUCACUUGAAGAAGAAACUACUCAAAACCAAUAGUCAACAAAAUUCAAAUACCAUAAAAAGAGUUUCAAAACCAAAAAUCAAUAGAACCAAUUCCAAUUCAAGUACUUUAACUCAAUCUUCUUCAGAACCUUCUAAUUAUUUCCUUGAAAUGGAAACUACAUCAUCAAUUUGCACUUUUUCUAGUGAUUUUUCAUCACAAGGUAAAUUUAUGGACAACAACAUUAAUUGUGAAGAGCCUAAGCCUGAAAUUGAUGAAAGUUUUUGGUCAGAGACAGUAACUGAUGAUGAAAUUAGUUCCACCAUGCUAACAAAUUCUUGGACAGUUUCAAAUGAAUUGCCAAAUCAACAAUACCCUGUAGUGGAAACUUUCCAAAAUCAAGAGAAGUAUAAUGGUUUUAGUUCAAAUUCCUUUGAUGAUGAUGAUGGAAUGGAUUUUUGGUAUGAUUUGUUUAUCAGAUCAGGAGAAUCAACAGAUUUGCCAGAGUUCUAGACUUUUUUCUUUUUCAUGAACACAUUUUGAUGGUGUUACUAAAUUUGGAAGAUAUCAAACAUGUUUUUAAUUAAAUUAUGUUACUAAAUUCAAUAGCCAAAUCAUUCAUUGGUAAAGAGUAAUAAUAAGUGUCAUGUAAUAUGCAGAUGCAUAAAAAGAAAUAUAUACAUGUGCAUAAAAAAAUAAGAAAAAAUAGAUUCCAGCUGUUAGAGGGUGAGGGGCUAAAAGGGAAUUAUUUUAAUUUUUUGGUAUAAGGUUAGAGUUAUUCAAUUGUAAUAACAAUAAAUUAUGUUUUUUUUUCAACCAAUAAAUUAUGUAUAAAAUUACGUGGAAGAAUGAUAUUUGAACACAUUUUUAAAUACAAA